AACGCCUCCAAAGGUUGUUUUGAGUGUCAAGCCUUGCGAUCUAUGUCCUGAUUAUUGGAUACAAAACCGAAGUUUUCAGAAUGAAGAGGAACUUUAGUUGUUGAGGGUGUGCCUGACAACCCAGCUGUCUUUGUGGUUGUGAUGCAAGUAGCAGCAAUAGACACUGCAGUAGGAUGCAGGAGGAGGGCAGCGUGCAGUUUCUGCACCAGAAAAGUAAUUCUCCAGUAUGCUGUGCAUUCCAUCCCAAGGAUCGGUACACGUUUGCUUUUGGUGGGAGUGAUGGAGAGAUAGCAAUACUAAGUGCCCUAAGAGGAGAAUUAGUGCGCACAGUUUCUCUCGCUACUCUUAGCUUGGCACGGGCCCUCAAUGCCCUUACCUUCUCUCCUGAUGGAUCAAAGGUCAUUGCAACAUCUGUCUCCCGGAAAGUCAGCAUUGUGGAUGUGGAGAGAGGAACUCCUGUAUUGGCAUAUGAUAACUGUGUUAGUCCAGGGGAAGGUCGGCAGCCAUUGGUUAUGCACCCCGAUCUGCCCUAUCUAGCUGCCUGCAUUACAGUUAAUGCAAGGGGAAUUACCCUUUUGGAUCUCAGGAUGCCACUGCCAUUAGAUUUUAUCUAUGAUUUACAUGAGGACAGCAUAAAUGACCUGUGCUUCCUGGAUGGGUCAUGGCCAUGGGGCUCAGGGAAAGCUGUGUUAGUUUCUGGGUCUUCUGUCGGUCAGGUGAAAGUAAACAGCGUGGAUGGACGUCCCCUGUGUGCCUUCACUACAGAGCCACCUGUGACUUGCCUAGCACCAUCCCCGGAGCCAUAUAACACCACUGUAUCCCAGGGUUAUCCUAGUGUGAUGAUGGCAAGCACAGGUGAGGGCCUAGUUUGUUGGUGUGUAGGUGAACGUCCCUGGAAGUGGGAGAGCAAACAAGUGAGUCCCAGCCGUGUGUCUCGCAUGAAGUACACUCACAGUGGAGGUCUCCUCUAUUCAGCUCAAGGUCGUUCAGUAAAUAGAUACCGGCGAUAUCCAGAGAGUCACCAGUGUGUUGGUGAAGUGUACGCCCACACUGCUCCGAUCUUGGAUUUGGAUUUAUCUCCAUAUAAUGAAUAUCUAAUAUCUGCUGGACAAGACAGUAAGAUUGGUCUGCUCCGUCUUGGGUCACCCAACCACGGCUGGACUCAGUACUGCGAGUUUACUUGAGAAAUAAGUGCAGAUGUUUGUUCCACAGCAGCACAUAUAGACUAGUAUAUCCAGGACAUUGUAAUUCUUUUGUGUGUGUGUGUGUGUGUA